AUGUCCUCUCAAGGCAGACAGAACGUGAAGAAGCACGGGCUUCUGCGGCGCCUUGCGAGGCUACCGCUGACGAUAAUCGGUCGCAUUCGCAACUCGCAGUCAAGACCUACGGUACCGGCGGAUGUCGAAGUCCCCGACAGUAAUCAAGACAUUCGCCCGACGUCGAGAUCACAACCAGUUCUCUACCGGGUCCCGACACCUUCUAUAGGGCCACUUGAUGUCAUAAUCCCUGAUCAAGAGAUCCGUCCAGCGAAGAUUUCCCAGUCUUUCGAUCGAGUCCCGUUGGAGAUCCAAGAGUAUAUGAUGGGAUUCCUCUACGAAGGCCACAUAUACACGCUCCAGGCGGCCAUGGUUUGUCGUGCAUGGUAUCCCCACGCGAUCACCGUGUUCUACGAGAUUAUUAUGCUCAGACACUCCCGACAAGUCGACAAACUCGCAUGGCUGGUACUGAACGUUCCCAGAGUCAGACAGCAGCUGGUAGCGACACGGAAGGUGUAUCUGCACAACAACUCGUGCACCCCGACUUUUCCUCUGGUGCUCGCAGCCGCACUACCCUCACUGCAGGUGGUGUUGGUCGACACCGACGGCGCCCCCUGGUCCAAACUGAUCCUUCGUUCUGAUUUCCUCAGAGCGUUUCCGCGCCACCUCUCGACUAUCUCAGAACUGGACCUGCGGAUGGUUUCCUUGUACAACAUCCACGACUUACAGCGACUCUUACUAUCGCUAAGUAAUCUCACCCACUUGACCAUCGGCCGAGUCGACUUCAGACAAGAGUCGCGUGCAAUCGGGACCGCGUCACCCUCACGGCUCACUCAUACAGCCUUCCCGCGGCUGCGGACCUUGGUUCUCCUCUUGUAUUCCUUCGACGCAAGUCCCAGACGCCUCUACGCAAAGAGGCCUCUGCGUGACGCGCGGCCUUCGCACCGUGUCGCACUCAUCCGGUGGCUGAUCAGCACGCCCAUCUGCGACUCGGUAUCAUUCAUUCGCCUCAGGGACGACGUGCACCAAAGCGCCAUAGCGGGCAGCGCGAUCGACUCGGGACUGACUGGCGAGAUCAACCAACUUAUCCAGCGUGCCGGUCGGUCUUUGCGCACACUUCAGCUCGAUAUUGCUUGUUUGGCGUCCCUUGCCGAUUACGACCUCUCGCAUAAUGAGGACCUCGUGCACAUCCGCUUCACGUUGGUUAGUGAACCCAGCUGGGAUCACUUCGUCGACCAACUCCUAUCCAUACUAUCCGGCAUCAACGCAUCAUGCAUUGAAAACAUCGAAACAUCCAUAUGGCAUCGGUCCCUUGGAGAGAAGUUCGCUCUCCCGAUAGGUCUGCCAGAUCCAUAUAUAAUCCAUCCCUUGCACCAAAUCAUGGAGAGCAGCAAAUACGAAGGCCUCCUAGACGUGAACAUCGCCUUCCGACUGAUGCUCACGCACGACAGCUCCGGCAACAAACGUUGGCGACUGGGAGGGGAUCCGCCAGACUAUGAUGGCAUGCGCGUGCUGUUCGCGCCUUGGGAGAAGCGGCGCCUGCUCCGACUGACCUACGUACCGCUAAUCGACUACCACUACUAG